GCUUUCUAUGGGGAAGUCAGAUUCGUGCGCUGCCGUAUAAGAGUUCUCCACUACUUCCCUAAGGCCUCUAAACAUGUGCGUUCUUUCGUGUUCAAAGUCACAAACAGCAACGCACGCCUCUGUCUCGCCAAAAGAGCCAGCAUAUCCACAACACCAACCAUGACAUCGGCCUUGUCGCAAUCAGCAGAGGUCGCAGAAGAUGUGUCGCGCUUGAGCCUUUCCGCAGGAUCGAUCGCACAGCUCGAGGCGCAACUGCAGACUUGUCUCACAGGUCUGACGCAUGCCAGAGACUUGAUCGGGGAUCUAUCUGCGCUGCAGUCCUCUCUGGCCACAGUCACCGCGGAGGCAGCUCGAUGCUCUGUCGGCACCGAUCAGGCUGCUCAAGAUACUUCUGUGCGCGGUCUCGAGUCCGACAUUGUCAACUCCGGGCGUGUGGCCCAGAUCGGUGGCGUGGUCGAGCCAAAAGCUGGUGAGGUCGAGCAGGACGGCACUCUGAAUCAUGAAGCUAGCUCUCCCGCACCUGUUGCGACGAACGAGAGGCGCCUCUUCAAGGGAAGAUGGACCUUGAUCCGUCCUCGCACCAAGACAUCCCAAUCGACAAAAGAACCGGCUGCUGCCGACCUCUCAGCUGUCGACAAUGAAGCUGAUGCUGCGGAUGGGACGAUAGCCGAGCGACCCCCGUUGCCAUUACCCGCUUCCGUAAGCGACGGACCAACCCCACAUGAGGACUCGGCAGCUAUUGCCCACUCUCCCAAGCGAAUGCAAAGGCGAUGGGCACUGCGAGGCCGAAGCAAGGCACAAAGCGGAUCGAACGCAGAACCGGGGCCUCAAACUGAGGUGGCAGAGACGCGAAUUCAAGAAGCCGAAUUGCCGACUCAAGAAGCAGAAUCCCAAGCUCAAGAACAGACGAAGACCAACGGCAAACAUGCAUCCCGCACUCUCAUCAAAAGGGUCUCAGCGCGUCGCGAUCGUAGCAAAACAAGUGGCAACAAGGUGGCCAGUCGUCUCCUGCCGCGGCGUGUCUUGAAGCCAGACGGACAUGGACGCGACGUUACAGCAUCACGACCCAGCGGAAAGCGGGCAUUGAAAAUUCUCAAAAUACGCCAACCUCGAGUUCGUGGCCCCAAGAGGCACCCUUUCGCCUUGCUGCCACGCCUCAGAUCCCAAAGUACCAGCCGCCAAUCAGAGGAAGGUAUUCAGCAACGCGUCGACCAAGCCAACGAUAGCGCGCUUGAGCAUGCAGACAGCUCGACGUCCCCCGCUGCAGGAACCAGCACCGCUCAGUCUGCUCCUGCACCCAGCUCCGAGGCGGCAGCCUCUCCGAUCGGUAUAGGAGCGAAAUUACAAGCGCCCAAAUCUGCCAAUAAAGCAGGGAAAUCAGAUUUGCCUUGGCCCCACGUGCAUGCAAGUGUGGCAGAAGAAGCUGCCGACGACGCACCUCCUCGAGAAAAUGCGCUGGCCGCAGCUGGCGCGCACACAUCCAGCGAUGGGGCCACCGCAGAACCUGCGCAACGAGCCAGCGGAAGCGUUGAAGCUGAUGGUCAAGGAGCAGCUGGACCAUCUCGCAUCUGGCGUCUGGCUGCAAAGUUGCGACCGCACCUUGGAUCGAGACGACCGCAUACUCAAUGACUCCCAGGCAGCUCGGCUUCUAGUCAUCCGCCCGAGAUGCCUCGAGGCCGGGCUGCCAAUCCAGGAUGGAGGGUUCGUG